UGGCUGUAUAGUGCGCGCAGGCAGAGGAAGGUGAGCUGAAGCCAGGCAGGUGAGGGACGGGGUUUGAAAGGCACUCGGUGUGCAGCUGCUUUAUUUACCUGGAUUUUCGCUGACUAAGACGGUGAAGUUGCUGCCUGCUGGUGCAGGCUUGGUGCCUGCCGGGAGUUGUUCGUGAGGACCAGGAAGGCUCAUAGUAUCACACUGAGGGAGCCAUGAGUCAGCUGCAGCCCCCUGAGGAAUUUCCCUUCCCCUUCCCUCCCUACAACAUCCAGACGGAUUUCAUGAGGAAGCUCUUCUCUGUGCUGGAGGAAGGACAGCUUGGAAUAUUUGAGAGCCCUACUGGCACGGGGAAGUCACUCAGUCUCAUCUGUGGGGCACUGACCUGGCUCAAGCAACAUGCUGACCACCACAAGGCUGAGCUCAUCAGAAAGAUAGAGGAGAGUAAGAGCACACAAGACGAUGAUGGCCUGGACUGGUUCACUGCAGCCACCAAGAGGAUAGAGGGCAAGGAGGAGGCCAGGAGAUGCCAAGAGGAGCUGCUGUUACUGGAGAAGCAGGAGGAAAGAAUUAAUGCCUUAAGGAAGCGCACUAAAGUGGUCAAGAAUCCAAAAAUACAGAACCUGAACAAUGAGUUUGAUGAACUAUUCCGUGACUUGCAUCAUGUUCAGGAGGACCUUCGCCGGGAACUGAAUGCAAUUAAUGGAGAAGAUGUAUUGCCCUCAGAGGAACAAACAUUACUGCUAGAUGACUAUAACAGUGAUGAUGAGGAAGGAGACGGAAAGCGAGAAGGGGAAAAGGAACAGGACAAAGGCUGCUUAAAGAUCUUCUACUGCAGCCGGACACACUCACAGCUCUCCCAGUUUGUGCGAGAGGUUCAGAAGACGGUGUUUGGGGAGGAGGCGCGUGUGGUGUCCCUGGCCUCUCGUCAGAAUCUGUGUGUGAAUGAAGCUGUCAACAAACUGAGCAACAUUUCCCUCAUGAAUGACAGGUGCCUGGAGCUGCGGAAAGGCAAGAAGGGCAAAACCACCAAGCAGACUGACGAUGGCACAUCCAGCAAGAAAAAACGCACCAGCUCAGGCUGCCCUUAUUACCAACACACAGCUGUGGAGGAACUAGCAGAUCAGGUGCUGCUGGAAGUGCAGGAUAUUGAGCAGUUGGUUGGUCUAGGCAAGAAGAUGAAGAGCUGCCCUUACUACGCUGCCAGGUCAGCCAUCAGAGAUGCUCAGGUUGUGGUGCUGCCCUACAACACACUGCUCCACCGCCCCACUAGGGAGUCCUAUGGGAUCAACCUGUAUAACAAUGUGGUGGUGGUGGACGAGGCACACAACCUCCUCGAGACCAUCUCCAACAUCCACUCAGUGUUUGUUUCUCUCCGCCAGCUUCAAGGAGCAUAUGCCCAGCUGAGCCAGUACCUGCAGCGCUACUCCAAGAGACUCUCACCCAGGAACCUCCUCUACCUCAAGCAAAUCCUCUUCUUCAUGCAUGCCAUUAUCAAGAUGCUGGGCGGAGGAUCCAAGCGUGUGGGGGCAAGUGGUGCCUCGCCAGUCACUCCCAUCCCCACUCCCUCCUCCAGGAUGCUGCCUGUGUACAGCUUCCUGGCCGAAACACUCACUGAUAACCUCAACCUGUUCAAGUUGGUGCAGUAUAUUGAGAAAAGCAAGAUUGCCCACAAGCUUCACUCCUUCACCCAGCACUUUGAGGGGUCAGUGAAGAUCAACAGCCUGAGUCAUAAAUCUCCUGUUACAUCACCAACAUCCUCCACAUCCUCCUUCCUGGCCAAGCUCUCAGCCAGCAAACAAGCAUCAGCUAAACAGACACAGGCUAAACCCAAAGAGAACAUCAAGCCAGAGGUGACAAAAAAGACUGAAGAGCAGCAGCAGGAGGAAGAAGGAGAGGAGGUGGUGAUGGGGUCUCCACUGAUGCAGGUGACAGAGCUCCUGAGAGCCCUGCAGCAUGCCACUGCAGAUGGUAGAAUACUGGUGACAGUUGGCUCCCAGCCACGUCAUUCCUCUGUCAAGUACCUGCUCCUCAAUCCUGCCUCUCACUUCCAGGACAUCGUGACCCAGUGCAGGUCUGUGGUGGUGGCAGGUGGCACCAUGCAACCCAUUAGCGAGUUCAAGAACCAGCUGUUUCUCUCGGCUGGAGGAGAGGAAAGCCGAGUGCAGCAUUUCUCCUGUGGUCAUGUAGUCCCUGCCAAACAGUUGCUCCCUGUUGUCCUCCCUCAGGGACCCACUGGCCUGACUCUUGACUUCACCUACCAGCACAGGACUGAUCCCAAAGUACUUGAUGAACUUGGCCGAGUGUUGGUGAAUGUGUGCACUGUGGUGCCGGGCGGGGUGGUGUGCUUUCUGCCUUCUUAUGACUAUGAACACAAGGUGCGUGCCCACUUCACAUCCUCGGGCGUUCUGACAAGGCUAUCAGCAAAAAAGAAGGUUUUCUGGGAACCCAAGAAAGCAAAUCAGCUGGAUGCUGUUCUGAAUGACUAUGCUAAGACUAUUAAGCUGACAGCCUCCAACACAUCAGGCAUGAGUGGCAGCCUGUUGCUCAGUGUUGUGGGAGGUAAGAUGAGUGAAGGCAUCAACUUCAGUGAUGAGCUGGGCCGGUGUGUGGUGAUGGUGGGCCUGCCCUACCCCAACACACACUCCCCUGAACUGAAGGAAAAGAUGCUCUACCUUAACAAGAAUGUGUCCACAGGACAGGAUGGGAAGACAGCAGGCUCGGUCUUCUAUGAGAACCUUUGCUUCAAGGCUGUCAACCAGUCCAUUGGGCGAGCCAUCCGACACAAGCAGGACUAUGCCAGCAUCCUCCUGCUGGAUCACCGCUACAGCCGCCCGACGUCCAUACAGGCUCUUCCAGGCUGGAUCUCCAAGCAUCUGCGUGUCACUACAAAGUUUCCAGAAGCUUUUGGUCUUCUAAGAAAGUUCUUUGUGGAGAAGAGAGCAGAAGGAACAGUGUCUUAAUAGCUGGUGCCUACGUUAUAAAUAAGAAAAAAUAUGUUUUUUAUUUUUUUUUCAAAAUAAACUUUUGACAAUCA